AUGGCGACCAACGAUGAUCAAGUGUGUGCGUAUUUAAAGCAAGAAAUUCAUCGCAGGCUCCACAAUCAUUCUCUUUUCGCCUCUUUAGAGAGUUUUAAUAUCUGGACAUGUGAAUUGGAAAACCGAACGAGGAGUUUAUGGCCUGAACGGGCUGCGCGUCAACAUUUUGGAGAGAAACAGUGGAAUGUGCCAACUAGGUAAGUGAUCAUAUUUUGGCGUAAAGAGAAGAAAAUUCUGUCUCGAUCUCUUUCUCUCUUAUAGCAUAUUGUUUACUCCUAAAUGAGUUUAUGUAUAUACGUUGUCGAAAAUUUCGAUAAACCGAACUGAAUUUCAAGGUCGGUCAGGAUAAAAAUGUAGACCGCAAACUUUAGGCAGGACAAAAAAAAGCAGUUGUAUUGAAGGUAGUACCCUGGUCCCAGAGGUUUUCCUUGAAAUGUUCUUCGUGAAAGAGAGAGCGAGCCGUGAAGCGGCGACAACGUGUCGCGAAGCGGCGAGGAGGGAGAGUAAAAUCUAUUGUUGCCUUACCUUCCUUUCAUGCAGAUGACAGGGUCAGGAUCUGACCCUCUGGUGCUGAUUGGUUGAUAUUUUUAGAAACAUGCAAAUCAAUUUGAUUGGUUCGUUUGACUGUAACUACUGAGGGGAUGCUGAGGAUAUUUCUCACCUCCUUUCUUUUGGUAAAUUUUGCCUCCCUCUACCAGGGAAGAAAAUUGCUUGUAAAAUAAGUGGAAACUGCGAGGGGUGACAGGCCGCACACCUUUCAUGCAGCACUUCUGUCAUUUCCUGUGCAACUCUCUGCCAACUGAAUUCUUAGGGCCUUGUUACAUUUUUCCCAGAAUUUUUCCAAUUGCUCUAACACCCUCAAAAAUUGCAAAACUUCUCGUUGGCACCUCUGGCAGAUUAUCUGCAAUACUCCCAUCAUAUUCUGUUGUAUAACAUCGGACGACAGAACUGAUGAUAAUGUUUUCAAAAACUCCUUGUUAUUUUUUCCAAAAACGUUGAUCUUAGAUCGGCCACUGGUUUUAAAAUCAAUUCUGCAAAUCCUGCAGAAGUCAUUGGGAACAAUGCUGGUUUCUUUUAGCAAAGUUUUUAUUCCUGGACUCUUGCUGCAAAUUACCUGGCAAAUUCCAUGCUUGACCCCGAUUAAUGUUAUCAACAAGAUCAAGUGACAUCUUAUCACUCUUCACCACCCGAGUGGAGAUGGAUUGUUGAUACAAUAUUAAUUUCCCCGGGUCAACUCCUGCUCACAUGUUUGCUAAAUUGCCAUAUUUGGUCACUUUUUUAUUAGCAGUUUGACGCGUUUGACAGCUGUCAUCUGCAUGUCAUCUGCAUGAAAGUGAGAUUUGAGGCCAAGCCAAGAACCAGAGGUUUUCUCUCUCUCUCUCUCCUCUUCACAACCCAUUGUUGCCAUUUAACGGCUUGCUCUCUCUUUGGCCAAGAAAAAUUUCAAGAAAACCUCUAGGAUCAGGGUACGAACUAAGGUAGGUGUUAAAAUUCCUCUUCCUUUCUCUUUUUGUUUUUAGGUGAUAAAUUUUCAACUAUGGUUUGCCCCUAAGCACAGCUGAUUCAGCUGAGUUUCGCAUCUCAGUGAAUAGUAGUAGCCUGUUAGUAGUAACAGGCCUCUGUCUUCCAUUUCCUACACUAACACUGAUAAUUCAACGGUCUGCACAUUAAUGUACAAGGGCUAGGAGUGUACAGUGAAAACUGCUUUAUGCAUCAGUCAAUUCUAAUUUUAUUGAGUUAAUUUAUGAGUGUCUUCGUGAGGAUGUUGAGACACUAGGAAAAAGGAAAAAGGUUAUUAUUUUUCCUAGGAAAAAGGUUAGUAUUUUUGUAAAAUCUUAUGCUUGAUAUAAUCAUUUUUCUGUGUGGACAAAGAUGCUUAAGGUAAUUUGCCUUUGCUGACUUCUGUGUUCACAUCAAAUGUAUGUAUACUUUACACAUGUAAUAAGAAAUAUUGAAACAAUGGCCUCAGUUGCUUGGUUUGACUCUGACAGUGGGGUAAAGCCAGUAGAUUUUAUUUUCUUAGAGAAAAGACAAUGCAAGGCUGACUUCAUGUAACAAACCAUGCUUUGAGCUCAAAGGCAAUUCUUUCUGGAAAAAUGAUUUUAGUAGGAACUGAAAGAGCAUAUUAAAAUUAGGUGCCCUGUAAAGCUUCAGCUGUGUGUUUCAAAAGUAGUGACUGUGGCAGUCAGUGAAAGUUAGAAGGAUUUGCCUGUAUGGGGACAUGGGGACAACUGUUGCUCCUCAGUCACAGUGGAGUGUUUUUCCAUACAAAUCCUUGUACAUAUUGUACAACUUUUAAAUUUUUUAACUGUCAUAAAACCUUUCCCUUAUGCAUUAUAGGCCUAAAAUUUUCGUAUGUCCAAAACAGAAAAGCCCUCUAAAGCCUCUAAUUUUUUUUGUUUUUUUUUUUGUUUUUAAAAGCCGUUUCAUAAAAUAAUCUCAGGAAGUGGUGGCAGCAGUAUUUGGAGUGAAACUUCUAACAAAUAGUUAAUACCCACAUUUUCCUGGGUUGGUGGAGGUGGUGUUUACAUUACCUCCUGAGUAACAGGUUAUCAAUAACAAUGACUUUUAAGUCUAUUUUAAUCGAAUUUGAAGAUGCAAGAGAAUACAACCUUAGUCACAUUCUUUACUCUUGUGUGACAGCAGCUGAAAGUUGGUUUGAGGACAAUGUAGUCUAGUUUACCCAAUUUUAUUUUUGUGUUUAAGUGAAAGCCAACUACCAAUGAGCUUCACCCUCAGUCUGUUGCCAUAGCAUGUGUUUAAGUGAAGGCCAGCUACAAAGAUGAAUGUAUUUCACUCUCAGUCUGUUGCCAUAACAUGAUUAAUUUAAGGAACCAGCUGGCUCACGUACAAAUCCCCAAGCAAAAUCCCUACCCCGAGGACUGAUAAACAAAACAUGAAAACUUCUCAAUCAUCCACCCCACUGGAGUAGCAGUCUCUCUCAAAUGAUCACACUUCAUUUCCCAACUAACUCCUACUUUGUCCCAAGAAGGAAGGGAGAGGGGCUCCAUUGACUCCUGUGUUUAAUAUGCCAACAUCUCAAUGUAAUUAUUUUCCGUUUACUUGUCAGCUGUGCUCUAUAGUAAUUAAACAAAAACCUAAACAGCAAAACACUACAGAAAAAAAGAACACUGGAGACCGAUCAUUUUCUUUAGGAAGAUUUUCGUAGAAAGCUUAAGAGGAGAAAGGCCCUUAGACUCUCUUCAGCGCAUAGAUAUAUGUACCAAGAGAAGGUAAUGUUAUCUUUCAUAAUCAGACCUCGAUUAUUUCAAGGGGUUCUAAUGCACCUAACCAAAAAGAUAACCCGAAGAAGGUUUCCACGUUUUGAUUUACUUUUGAAUCCUGGUUAAGGUGUGUCUAUUUUCUUAACAAACAGUUGAAGUGUGCCAUAUGUUAGCAUGUAACUCUAACCUAACUCUAAUCGUAUAAUCUGCAAAGGGUAUAUCCCAUCACGGCCGAUGUGCAGAUGUGCAUGUGCUUAUGUUGAAAAUACAAUUAUGGCGCUAAUAUUAAGUCUAAAGAAAAGACUCCUGGUGGUCAGCGUUUUAAAGAUAACACAUGACGGCCUUUUUGAAAGCCUCUACUGACUGCUUUUCAAUGACACUACUUGGUAAGGAGUUCCAGUCUCUGAUUGUACGUGCAAUAAAACUGUGUUGGUAUUUGUUUGUUUUAGCACCAACUUGAAAGAAUUUCUUAAGGUGGAAUUGCCUAGUGCCCUGUCGCCUUUUAAAUAAUAUAUAAGGUGGAAAUCGUGUAGCUGAUAGACCAGAAACUACUUUAAACAUUGUUGUAAAUCGUGCCACUUUACUCCUUUUCCCGAGUGUUAGCCAUUUCAAAUCAUUCAGAAUUUUCGUGACAGUUCUUGGAGUGGUGCUAUAUUCAUUUGUAACAAAACGUGCCAUUCGUCUCUGCACACUCUCAACGUUGAAUGUGCGGAUCGCAUGCACAACAUCCAUACUCAAGCCAUGACGUCAGUUUAAGUUCCUUGAAGCUCGUCAGACAAAUGUUAAGACAAUUUGAAGUAUUGUUACCUCCGCAGGUAUAGUUAUUUAAAUCAAAAAUUGUUAGCGGAGGAAUACUUUCACUAAGAAGUGGCGAUGUAUUCAAAUUGUUAUGAAGAAUCGAUUUAUAGUGAAUGCGCAUUUAGCAAAAGGCACUUGAACUGGGACUACCUUUUUUUGUUGUUUUCAUAAGAUUUGCGUUAAGCACAGUAGCUGUAAUGGGAGGUCUAAGAGGUGACUGUUCCUUAACCUCGCUUUAGAAAAGAUUCACAGGCUUUUCACGAAAUCUGUCCUGGAUUUUGUAAAGAGAUUUAUGUGCCUAAACAAAAAAGGAAGCACAGAGAAAGGUGUCCACUUCUUUCCCUGUUGAAUCCUGGUUUAACGGUGUGUCUAUUUUCUUAGAUAGAAGUUGUCGUGCGCCGUAAUGUUUACAUGAAAUUCUAAGAACAAACCUGACAUCAACUUACUUUUCUUAAACCUCUUCAGAGAUAACUUUCAAUUUUACGUAUUUACUCCCAGCAGGUCUAUCAUUUUAAAUGAAAACUGUGUAGGCUCCCUAAAAAGUGACAAUGCAUUCAGUAGAACCAGUUUAUGGGUGUCCAUAUACUGUACACUGUAGAUGAGACAGAUCGCUUCUCUCGGAAGAUUUGCGUGAAGCUGAGAAGCUGUAUAGGGAUUUUUUAAGAGGAUACUCUCCAUUAACCUUAGUUAAGCGAAGAAAUUGCAAUGCCUGUAGAAGAUUCUUUUUUCUUUUUUCUUUUUUUUUUACGAAACCUCUCCUUUAUUAUCUUAAUGGGUUUAAAUAGUCCUAAACCGAAAAAAAGGAUUGUUAAAGGAAUUUUCCACAUUUUAUUUUCUAUCAUGAAGUUGGAUUUUUGUUACACGGCGUCUGCUUUAUUAACUCAAAAAAUACUAACGUCAGGUCAGUUUGACGUCCUUGAACCGUAGGCUAAAACGUUCCAUAUGUUAGCAUGUAACUCUAACCUAACUCUAAUCGUAUAAUCUGCAAAGGGUAUAUCCCAUCACGGCUGAUGUGCAGAUGUGCAUGUGCUUAUGUUGAAAAUACAAUUAUGGCGCUAAUAUUAAGUUUAAAAAAAAGACUCCUGGUGGUCAGCGUUUUAAAGAUAGCACAUGACGGCCUUUUUGAAAGCCUCUACUGACUGCUUUUCAAUGACACUACUUGGUAAGGAGUUCCAGUCUCUGAUUGUACGUGCAAUAAAACUGUGUUGGUAUUUGUUUGUUUUAGCACCAACUUGAAAGAAUUUCUUAAGGUGGAAUUGCCUAGUGCCCUGUCGCCUUUUAAAUAAUAUAUAAGGUGGAAAUCGUGUAGCUGAUAGACCAGAAACUACUUUAAACAUUGUUGUAAAUCGUGCCACUUUCCUCCUUUUCUCGAGUGUUAGCCAUUUCAAAUCAUUCAGAAUUUUCGUGACAGUUCCGGGAGUGGUGCUAUAUUCAUUUGUAACAAAACGUGCCAUUCGUCUCUGCACACUCUCAACGUUGAAUGUGCGGAUCGCAUGCACAACAUCCAUACUCAAGCCAUGACGUCAGUUUAAGUUCCUUGAAGCUCGUCAGACAAAUGUUAAGACAAUUGAAGUAUUGUUACCUCCGCAGGUAUAGUUAUUUAAAUCAAAAAUUGUUAGCGGAGGAAUACUUUCACUAAGAAGUGGCGAUGUAUUCAAAUUGUUAUGAAGAAUCGAUUUUUAGUGAAUGCGCAUUUAGCAAAAGGCACUUGAACUGGGACUACCUUUUUUGUUGUUUUCAUAAGAUUUGCGUUAAGCACAGUAGCUGUAAUGGGAGGUCUAAGAGGUUACUGUUCCUUAACCUCGCUUUAGAAAAGAUUCACAGGCUUUUCACGAAAUCUGUCCUGGAUUUUGUAAAGAGAUUUAUGUGCCUAAACAAAAAAGGAAGCACAGAGAAAGGUGUCCACUUCUUUCCCUGUUAAUUCCUGGUUUAACGGUGUGUCUAUUUUCUUAGAUAGAAGUUGUCGUGCGCCGUGAUGUUUACAUGAAAUUCUAAGAACAAACCUGACAUCAACUUACUUUUCUUAAACCUCUUCAGAGAUAACUUUCAAUUUUACGUAUUUACUCCCAGCAGGUCUAUCAUUUUAAAUGAAAACUGUGUAGGCUCCCUAAAAAGUGACAAUGCAUUCAGUAGAACCAGUUUAUGGGUGUCCAUAUACUGUACACUGUAGAUGAGACAGAUCGCUUCUCUCGGAAGAUUUGCGUGAAGCUGAGAAGCUGUAUAGGGAUUUUUUAAGAGGUUACUCUCCAUUAACCUUAGUUAAGCGAAGAAAUUGCAAUGCCUGUAGAAGAUUCUUUUUUCUUUUUUCUUUUUUUUUUACGAAACCUCUCCUUUAUUAUCUUAAUGGGUUUAAAUAGUCCUAAACCAAAAAAAAGGAUUGUUAAAGGAAUUUUUCCACAUUUUAUUUUCUCUCAUGAAGUUGGAUUUUUGUUACACGGCGUCUACUUUAUUAACUCAAAAAAUACUAACGUCAGGUCAGUUUGACGUCCUUGAACCGUAGGCUAAAACGUUCCAACAAUUUUACGUAUUGUGAAUUCCCGGCAAAAGUAGUUAUUUAAAACAAACCUAAGGUGAAAGUAAAAGUGCAUUCAGUACCACCAAUUUAUAGCGUAUCUGCAUUCAAUAAAUAAAACUGUAACUGAGACUUGAUGGUUUUUGUUCGUAAGAUAAUUAUUAUUGUAAGUUUUAAGAGGUUGGUCUAGCCUUUAACCUCGCUUAGCGCGGGAAUAUACAUAUGCCCGGGAAGAUCUCUUCGCGAAAUCUGUCCUCUCGAUUAUUUAGAAUACGUUUAAGUGUUCCUGAACAAUAAGCAAUAGUCAGAGGAAGUUUUCUCUUUUUUUUUCUUUUUUCACAAAUUUACAGUGUCUAUGUUGUCAAUUUUUAUCUCAGGUACUUUUUAUUUUUCGUUUGUUUCAACUUCAUUAGGCUACAUUACCAUACCCCAGAACAAAAGAAAAAUAUAAAUUACGUGAGAUAAAAAUUAACUACAACAUAUACUCAACACAAAGAAACCAUAGAGCAAUUGUUUCGUAAGGGAGAUUUGCUUUAAGCACAGAAUCUGUUUUCAAGUUUAAAGAGAAGAAAGAGAAGAAAGAGAAGAAGAAGGAGAGUUUUGGCAUAUAUUUUUUCUAUUAUUAUUUUAACUUAGAACUUUUGUUUUUUUCAGAUCAGCAAUUUUGUUCAUUUUUUCUUUUUUUUUUUCGGUACUCAAUCACACGCAUUGUACCAAGUUGAAAACGUUUUGAAAUUGCUCAGGCAAAGUACACACUCCCAUCGUUUUAUUAUUUUAAGUAAAUGGAAUAAGUUGGAGAUUAGAUUGUUUAUUUUAUAUACUGAGAAGCUCUUUGUCGUAAAUAGUGAGCUUACGGGGAACAAUCUCUAAAAAUUCUAUUGUUAUUUUCUCCUGCUAAAUUAUGAAAUAACAACUUAAGGAGCUAAUCUCACCACUCGAGUUCAUUGAAACGACUGAUUUGGAUGAGAUUAACGUACCUUUAACCGUGCGGAAAAACCAGGUUUCAAAUAUUAUUAAGUCUUGCUCAUUCCAAAACCAGUACACUUUAAAUAUAGCUGCAAAGCACACCCACUAAGUAUUUGCCGGAGAGGUAAGAUACAGCAAGUAAAGCACAGUCAAACGCGAAGACAAUGCUGGCGAAGCAAGUCUUCGUUUACUUCGCUUUUCUGGUGCUAUUUUUGCAACUCACUGAAGGUAAUUAAGUGUCUAACCAAAGCUAUUAAUUGAUUCUUGAAUACCGAUUUCUUACAGUUGCUGCAACAGAAGAAACAUUUUGUAGAAUAACUUAAUUACUCACGUCGUAUUUAGAAAAUGUUCGGGGAGGUUCCACCUAACUGAGGAAAAUACCACCAGCCCACAAAUUUGAUAGUGAAAAAUGUCCUAACGUUUUGUGUGUAUCUGUUCUUAAAUACAAAUGACUCCUUGGAACGGUUUGUGUUAAGGUCCAUUUCCAAUUUGGAGUUACUUUAAGCGUACGUUUCAUUUCUGUGCAAUGACUUGGUACAAGGUCGACACAGGGAACGCAAAAAGAUGACGGUGUUUUACUUCAAUGCGGUAAACAAUAUUUAACUGAAGUUACUUUUUUGUGUUCUUUUGCAUGUACGAUAUUCAAGCUGAUGUCUUUCAAACUGGGAAGGUCAAUAUUUCCGACACAUCCCAAAACAACCAUGGCUGCCAGACCGUUUCUUUCAAAGCUCAGUUCCAGGGUUCUGGAGAUGUAAAGGUGUUUGCAACGCUUAGCCACGGAAGCGAACAUGUCAAAAUCCACGACCCAGCGUCUGUUUGGGUGAAGUCAGUGUCCACAUCUGGUUUUGAUGCCUGCGUUCGUGAAGCAGGCAGUGGUUCUGGAGGCGCGUCUGUGAUCAACUGGCUUGCCUUUCAAGGUUCGCACCAAGGUCUUGAUUCAGGAAUCGUUGAAUUUGAUGAAUUCACCUCAAGAACCCAGUGCAAGAAGAUAUCGCUUAGUAUUCAGAAUAAGGUGAGAUGGUAAAGUAGGUGCAUUCAAUCAGUCAUUUUAACAUACUUACAGGUGACAAACAAUACAUUCUCACUUGUGCGAAAUCGAUCAGGCAUGGAAGAAGGGGCCUUAAGCCCAAAGGUACAUGUAGAAUCGAGAAUUCGGAAGUCCCAUGCUUUACUAUCAUAAUUAGUCACUUAGAAGGAACUUUGAAAAUGUCACAUCAGGGUUAUGUAGAAUCCCAGACCUUACAUUUUCAUUCUUCUUUUUUUUUUCAGUGACAUAGAUAAUUCUUCUUUUGUUACACUCUGUCUUAGGCGAGACCCCAAGUGUUUGUGACUGUUCUACAUAAACAUUCCGACCGACCAUUUGACUCCAUGAACAUUUGGCUAGAGGACGUCAAAAAGGAUAGUUUUGUGGUUUGCUUGAGGGAGUUUAUGAGCUUUGACGGCAUCCAUUCAGGUCUCAAAGUGGUAAGUUGAGAUUAGAGAAGUCUGAGGAGACUAGUCUUUAUUGCUCUAUUCACGAAAUUACCACGCAGGGUUUGUGUGGCAAAGAAGUCCACCUUUGGGUAACUAAAGGGUGCGUUCCAGUACAUGUGGCAUCACACACUAUACUUCUAUGUACAGUAAAUUCUAUAUCGUGCUUCUUCUCCAACUUGUAUUACAAAAAUUAAUAUAUCAAAAACAACAGUGAAAACAAGAAAAUCGUUUCAGUUAACGUCUUAAGUGCUAGUUUAUUUAGGUUAGAUGUACCUGUUCCCAAUGCUUUUUGCAGCACUUCUGUCUGUCGGAACUCCCCAUCUCAGGACGAAGAAUAAUGAUAAUAAUCGUCCGCAAAUCUGCAAAUAAAUUUGUGUGUAUUCUCUUUUUUUAAAAGAACUGGCUUGCGUAUGAUGUGCUCCCGGCGUUUUGGAAUAUUACUGAAAGAGGAAAGCUUCAUUUUUCUGGACUUGGUGCACCAAAGAAAGAAAACAACUAUGCUUUUUGUCAGGUUGGAAAGACUAACGUUCUUCUACAUGUAUGAGCCUCUGUUUAGUUUAGUACGGCUCAAGGGAAAACGUUUCCAGGAGAGACUAUAGCAGUCUGUUUUUAUAAUAAAUGUACCGUUAUCAGUGACAAAAUAGGGUUUAUCGUAUCGUUGAUCCUGAUUUCUGUUGUACACCUGUAUUUGAAUUGUACAAAAGUGCAUCCACUAGCAGUCUUUAUAACCUUGAUGUUGCACUAUAAUCUCUUUUAUUUAUUUAUUUAUUUAUUUUAGAAAACUUGCAGAACUUUGUUCUAUUUGGAAUAAGAGAAAAAAAGCUGUUGGAGGCAGGCAGUGUACAUGAACUGAUGCGUUUUAAGACAUUUUUAAAUGUCUUAAAUGUUAAACAAGAAAAUUACAGAAAGGUCUUUGAAUUACAAUACUUUUUCUUAAACCAAGGUCGGAAUAAGAAGGUGAUAAUCUUUGAAUAAGGCUUUAUCAAUGCAUUUUUUUGUGUAAUUUUUUUUUUCAGGAUUAUAAAUUCGAAAAUCCAUUUUACGAGCCUCCUAGUGUCCUCACGUCUGCCAGACAUGACAACGUUACCAGUGCUCUGUGGAUAAAGGCUGAUGGUCGUCUGAGCAAUGCUUUAAAUGUUUGGAUCGAGGUAAGUAAUUUUCCAGGCCAUAUACAGCCAUUUAUCUUUCCUUAUUUAUUGAAACUGAUUUUAGAGUUCUUUUUUCAAUUGCCUCCGCACUCCAAGUAACUGAGUAAAAAUGAAUUAAGCGCUCGAAGUGGCUGCACCGCUUUUAUAUUUAACUUAAUCGAAUUCCUUAGUCAUUACAGUAAUUGUCGUUUCAACUAUGGUUUUGUACCGAGAAAUUUAUUAUUAUUAUUAUUAUUAUUAUUAUUAUUAUUUCAAAUGUGGGCUAGAAAAAGAGUGGCGAAUAAAAGAACUUCAUUCAAUUUCAGUAAAAUUGAUUUUUCUCGAGAAAAUUGACUGAGAUAAGUGUAAGAAGUUUUUUUUCUGCACAUACUUUUCUUGCGUUUGUACUUCUUACACCACAAAAGAAAUACCCACGCCUUAAAAAUCUAGGAACUAGAAACGUAAUUAAUACGCAGAAAGCUCCACUUCUUUUUUCAUUUUACUUGGAUAGACUAAGGAAAUUUUUGAACAACGCGAUACUAAGUUGUAAAUUUAAUAUUUAGUUCAUUGUUUAGGAAUUCUACAAAUUUUUUGUAACUUAAGUUUGACUGGAGUUGUAGUAAAUUGAUCGAACUGAACAGUAUUUCUUGCUAAAUUUUUAGCAGUUAUAACUGAAUGAAUUUGUUAUCUUCUAGGAAAUCACUCGUUUGUCUUUCAAAGUGUGCAUCAAGGACAGCCAGGGAAUAAGCAAGUCUCACGAUCCAGUUACAGUAGACUAUGCAAUUGUGGGAGGUAAUUUGUUGUUUCCAUUGCAUCCAAAAUCAGAAACUUUAGUUAAGAUUAGAAGCAGUUUCAAAAUCGAAGAAAGAAAAGAAAAACAAGAAAGAUAAGUUUUUGGACAUAUAUACACGUAGUGAAAGUCUUAAAAAUGUAUUGUCUUCUAUAAUUCUUCUGACUUAAGUCUAGGACCGCAUGCCGAAUGGAGUAAUAUUUUUCCGAAAAAUGUAUAUUUAUUUUAAGCACUUCAUGCUUCAGUAAGAUUUCUGAUAGGAGUUUAGGAAAAAAUUGGUUAAAUUCCUGUCGUAAGAAGUGAUUUUGUAUUUUUUCUCAAAGAUAUUGACCCGUGCACAAAUGUUACUUGCGAGUACCAUGCCAUCUGCAAAGCUUUCUCUGCAUUUGAUGCUCGUUGUGUAUGUGAUGACAACUGCCCGUCGUACGAAGAGCCCGUAUGUUCAUCUAACUCGACAACAUUCAAGAACAAGUGCUUUUGUCUGCUGGACAUUUGCAAACGCAAAAGUAACCACACGCUUUAUCAUCCUGGCAGCUGUACAGGUAAAAUUCUUAGGCUUUUUUACCUUACUUCUUUGUUGCCAACUACAAAGCAUGAGACGAUCUACUAGGCCUGACUAAGGAUUAAGUAUUGCUUUUGUUUCCGCCUUUUUAGCACAAGUUCCUCUUCUCGCUCUAGCCCUCCCCACAAACACACACACACACACCAUCCCUAUAGAUGAGUUGUAAGAUGGGUCCAUUACCACGUUUUUAGCUCUUGAUAUCACUUUGUUUUGGUUUGUUAGUUUGUUUGCCUAAUUUGCCAAAUGCGUACUUACCAAUUGGAGGUAUUACUUUUAUAGGGCAUUUACACCUGACAUUGAAGCAAAAACUACUUGUUCCUCUAUCCUUCUUUGCUCUAACUUUUUGUGUAUUUUUACACUCCUCUUGCCUCCAUUUAGGCUUUCCUGUUCAGACCGGGCGGGUUUCACUCGUAAGACAUGUAAAAUCGGCUGAGACGGCCUGUAAAGUGGUGGAAUUUCCGCCCUUCUCCUUCUAUCCAGACAAAGAGGUACACGUGCAAUUAACGACCAAUCACUGGAACAUAAGCAGGAAAAAUUUUAUACAUGACGCCACAGUUUCAUGGGUACACACCGUUAACUACAAAAACUUUGAGGUGAAUAUUGAAAACAAUGUUUUAGUUUAUCCUAAAGGACAGCGGUCUACCAAGUGAUGAUAGUUACUAGGAUUUAAAAAUUCGCAUACUCGUCUUGUAUCUUUUUAUAAUUUCUCUUAUCCCUUUUAUUGACGAUUUGUAAAAAAAAUCGUCCUUUAAUUGCUGAGUCAGACGUAAUUACUGUUUAAUUACUGUUCUUUAAUUCCUGUUGUGCUUCGGUAAUUUUAUAACUUGUACCACUUUUAUCAUUUUAAUUUUGCUUACUCUGCAUGUCUUGUUUAUUCUCAAAAAUUAACAUUACACGUAACAUACAUAACUUGGUAUCAGAUUUUUUCCCUGUGAAUAUGUAGCCCUUAGCUUUUGCAAAUGUUAUCCAGUGAUUAAAAAAGUAUACCGAGGAAGCCCGAAGAGCAAAAUGUUUGUAUUCUCGAUUCAUCAGUAAUUAAAAACCUGCAAUUACGAGGUAAAAUCUCAAUUAACCAAAUAUGUGUUGAAUUGUAUCUUUAGGUCUGCGUGACAGCAGCAGGACGGAAUGACCGCUCUACUAAGGAGUUUGCCACAGUGGACUGGAUGGCUUACCAAGGAGCACCUGAUGGUGGUGUGGCGGAAAAAUCACGCAUUUCACAGUGGUGGACUGGAUCACAGUGUGAAGAAGUUAACCUUCCCCAGGCAAUUAUCUAUUUUGUUUCCAUUUUCUGGAAUUGCACUUAAGGUAGUUGUUUUUUGGGACCUAGAGGUGGCGAGAGGUCAUGCCACCCUCCCAUUAGUAAUAUCUAUGAUUACGAAUCUUACGGUGUUGGCAGUACGUCUCGCAAUUUCGAUGCUGAAGUAGGAAAUUGCAUCAUUUUUUCAAUUGCCGCCAUACUGGGUUUUUAAUGUCUUAGGAAGGUGCCCGAUUGUAACGAAAUCAAGCUGUUCAGAUAUUUUGCAUUAUUCUUAAAAACCAUAAAAGUUGUUUUGCAUAGCAAAAAAUAAAUCAACAAAAAGACGAGAUAUCCUAUCAAUGUGAACCACGGUCAAAUGCCUUAUUCUUCAAAUAAUUUCGAUCUAAAAAUGCUUUUUUUCAAGUUGGACUCCAUAGCACAAAGUAUGUUUAAGAUUUUUUUUAUUUGCAGGCUAAACCCUUAUUUGCAGGCUAAACCCUUUAAAAGUGCGAAAACAAGCCUUCAUUCAUGCACUAAAUUUUGUAUACAUGGCAAAUGUUCGUCUUCCAAUUAUGCCUAGAUAGGUUAAAGCAUAAACCAACAGAAACUGAAACGAUGAAACGAAGCGGACAAAACCGGCCUUGUACAACCCAAGGCCAAACUCGUGGGGGCCAGACACUUCACCACCAUACGGAAAGGCCAUGUACAAAUCGAAAAAAAGUCGUGUACUUCGUACAUGCAGAUCGUGUUUCAUUCUUUCAUUCUGAUUUUUUUUUAAUUCUUUGUUUUGGAUAUGUUAUUUAAUAGUUAACAAUAUUAAUUAGUCUGGAGAUACGACUUUCCAUUCUUGAUUUUCAUUGAUUUUCAUUAAUGGUUGCUUUAUAGGGAAAGUUUGCUACUGCCCCAAGAAUCCUGGUUACAGCACAACAUAUAAGUGCAGCCUUUAAGCACAACGCUGCGAGUUUGUGGGUGGAGAACGCAACCAGUUCCUCCUUUUACAUUUGUCUUCGAGAGCUGCAGAACUAUGAUGGUCUGCAUGAAGAUAUCUUUGUGGUAAUUUUAAAUUUUUUUUUCUUAAGAGAUAUACAUUAUGAACACUAAAGAAAAAAGCACAGAAAGCAAGGCUUUAAUGAACCUUGUGUUAAAGAGAAGCGGACGUUAAGGAAGAAGAUAUUCCAUCAGCUGGGGCUGAUAAAAAAUUCCAUAGUCUUAUUUUCAUAUUCUUCUGAGAAAAAGAGCAGCCAGCACUGUGUUUCAAAUUUUAGACUCCAUUUCACAACAAGUGAUUGCUAAUCAAAUCUUCAAUAAUCCAGCCAGGAACGCUUUAGCUCUUAAAUGACUGCCGUUAAAGACAACUAAGUGUUCAGAGUCCUGGAAACGGCCACUCUGUAGCGGAAAAAAACGCUUUUUUAACCAAAUCCAAAUUUUUGGACCUGUUCAGUUUUGACCAAUUGGCAUGAAAUUGGCUAAAAAAGAGAUUUGCAAAACCAGAUGCACGUUUUCUUGCUAAUUGGAUGCGUUUAUGCAGCUAUGUUGUAAUACUUUUUCAGAAUUGGAUGGUCUUUGAAACAAUCCACCGGCCCCUUUUUGCCGAGAGCAAACAAGUGAAUUUUCCAAACAACAGCCCUGUUUCUACAAACUACAAUGGUGCAUUUUGUAAGGUAGGAAGCGAGCUCGUUCUGUAAUUUUACGAUAAUCCGUUGGCAUGUUUUAUGUUCUUCAGCAAUUUAACAGAUAAAAAAGCUAUGCAACAGGUUUUCCAUGUUUCACAUACUAUGUUGUAAAGCGGUGUUUUCUAUUACUAUCACCACCUUCACAACAGUACUCCUUUUAGGAGGCUCCGGCUUGUGCGAGUGCGGGGGAAAAUUUUGCACUGGCGGCUAUGCCGCCAAAAUUUCCCUCGAACUCGCACACUUGACCCUGCUCGCAGGCCAUUCCUCGAGAAAAAUCGUAGCUAGCGUUGGGGUGUGAUUGAGCAACUAGCUCACCACACGAUGAGGUACCAGGGAUCUUAUUUACAUCUUGGUCUUUAUUCUUCUUUGACUUCUGCGAACAAUCUUAAUCUUAAUCUUCUUACUCUGCUUCUCUACUCAAUCCUUACUCUGACCUAACUAAGUUUUAGCCGUGGGAUAGCAGCGGUUUUUAUAGCCAAAGCUGGGCAUGUUUGGGUUUGCUGACCGUGGGAAUAAAAUCAAGAUAAACUCGGUGUGGGUAAUGUUUUGUUAUUACUGAACCGACAUGGUUGCGAUCGGCAAGAAGCUACAAACUAAUGAAAAACUAAAACGCUGGUUAACGCACCCAAACAGGAACUUCAACGAGACUAAUGAACCAAGGUCAGCUCUAACAUCACAAACACGACCACCUAGCGAGCUAAGCAAAAAUUCAAGUACAUGUAAAAGCAAGUGAUCAAAACAGGAAAACACGUAUGUGGACAAAUCAAGACUAACCUUGACCCACUUAAUGAAACAAAAACGAAACUUAAAAGAAUAGACAGAUCUAAAAAUCAAUUUUCAAUAUACUUCACAAGACUAGUUUUCGACACCUAUCACCAAGUAUCAAAGGAAAAAUAAUAAUUUUAAUUUUAUUUCCAGUAUCAUAUUAACAGCCAUCGUUUUCUAUCCUUAGGAUUUGCAGUUUGCAAGAAAUUACGACAAAGAACCUAUAAUAAUAAUAGCAGCCAGUCACAACUCCGAGGGCAGCAAUCUGAAACCAACACACAUGUCUGUUACUGCAUGGAUUGAGGUAUGGAAAGAUGUAGUUGUUGUAUGUUAUAUUUACGAGUUCAGAAUGCCAAAAAAUAAGUAAAUAAAUAAAUAUGUCAGAUCUGAAAUGCCCUUAGGAAGUUAAGCCCUGUAAAAUAAUGUACAUGUAUCAACUUAAGCCAAGGCUUAUUCCGCGUAGAACUUUCAGUUUAUCAACCAUUGUUAUUUAAAUCUAACACAUUGUGUUUCCAAAAGUAGUUUCGCCUGCUCCCUGCAAAUUUCAAGAGUUUCAGUAAUUUCGUGUUAGCAAGAAAGCGACCUUAUGGCAGGCCUUUAGGCGAAAGAACUCAAAACCAGUACGGUAGUCACAUUUUUAUCUUUAUCACUAAAAACAUUUUGUAAAUAAUACAAUUUGUCGAUAUGAGAGUAAAGAAUUGUGAAAAGAAGUUUUGUGAGACCACAUGAUCUCUCACAAAUUCGUCAUUUUUGAUUUUGAGGCAGCCACCAAAACGUCUGAGCGCGCAGUUGCAAAAAUAUGUUUUCUUCUAUCCUGGAAUGAACACAGUCACACAAAAAUUCCCUUUUUAGCCAUUUUUUUUUUCGCAGUUUUAGCAUAGAUAUGAAUCACAAGAAAAUUUGCGAACACUUACUCGCAAAUAUCGCAGAAAUAACGAGCGUAACAAAUUUGACAAAAUUCUAGACUCAUAAAGGGAAAAGGCCAAGAAGGGCCUCGAGAAGUCGGCAAAUUUCGCAAAAAUCCAUAACAAUCAAGAACAAAAAAACGUGACAUGUUACAUCCCUGUUUGACGCCGGUUUUUAUGUCAGACCACUUGCCUAGUUGCCCUUGGUCUUCUACAGCACCCUUGAAGUCUUCAUAGAAUAUUUUUACCAUCCUAAUGAUCUUUUCUUGGACUCCGUAUUUCUUCAUGAUUGUCCACAUGCUUUCUCGGUGCAUAGAGUCGAAGGCCUUUUCAAAAUCUAUGAAGUUCAGAAAGUGUUGCUUGCCACACAUUAACCUGCUCAAUGAUGUUCCGCAGUACAAACCUCUACAAAUACCUGUUCUGUCGUCCCCCUGCCUUUUAUAUAUCCUUCCUGUUCUUUCCUUAUAUAAUGUGUCAUCGACUUCACUUCUUAUCCUUAUCGAUAAUAAUCCUGGAUAGUAUCGUUCCCACAACAGAGAGUAAGGUUAUGCCUCUCCAAUUCUUGCAGUGUUUGGUAUUUCCUUUCUCUGCUAGUUUGAUGAUGAGCCCUCGCCUCCAACUCUUCGCGAUCUUCUCAUACUGCCAUAUUUUCUUCAUCAGUUGAUAUAUUUUUUUUUCUGAUGAAAACUCUAUGUCUGCUUUCAGUAACUCUGCUGUUAUGGAGUCAUUCCCGGUGCUUUCCCAUUUUAUAAUCCUUUUAUCGCUGCCUUGACUUUGCCUACUGCUAGGUUGUCUACUGCUAUCUCCUCUACUUUGUCAUGGACGUCAUCGUCCCGAUCAUCAGUUAUUGGAUUUGCUGGUGCUUUUCUAUUAAGCACCUCCUUAAAGUGUUACGUCCAUCUUGCCUUUACUUCACUGUUACUACUGAUGAGGGUUUCAUUCUUGUCUAGAACCAUUGUGCUCUGUCUCGAUCUUUUAUUUCAUAACGUCAUUGUAAGCUCAUAUAGUGUCUUAUGUGUUGGCUCCUUGCAGCUUCUUCUGCCCAUCUGCAACGUUCUCCAUCCACUUUCUUUUAUCCACUUUUAUACUCCUCUUAACUUCUCUGUACUUUUCUGUAUACCUCGCCCUUAGUUGUCUCUUGACCCUUUCUGAUCGUGUACUGAGAAUCUUUUUAUUGAUUUCCUCCCUUUGCUCUACAAGUUUCCAUGAUGCGUCACUGGUAAAUGGUUCUUCCACUUUCCUGGUCUACCUAGAACUCUUUCUGCAACCUCAGGGUACGCCCUCUCCAUCACUUGAAAGUCACGCUAUAUUUCGUCGUCUUCCUCUAUUUUUAGCCCUUCAUCCUCAAGUGCCUGAUAUCUGUUCUUCAGGGCUAUGCUAAAUGUCUUCAAGGUGUUUUCAUUUCCGAUGUCCGCAGACCUGUAAACCCUAGUGUCUUUCACUGAAUUCCUAAAUCUUUUAUUAAUGAGUACGUGAUCUAUCUGAUUCCUGGUUAUCCUAUUUGGCGAGUACCCAUUGUAAUUUACAAGGACAGAAUACCAGAACCAAAAAUCCAAGUAAACCACUUGACACGGUGCGCGACAUAAAACGAACUCGACGAGAAGUGAAGGAAGUAACAGGAACAGAUUUAUUGAACCAGAGAUCAAUGUUCCUAGCACAGAGGUCACAACUUGAUACAGAAGAAUCGACGGGGUCGAUUGACAAGACAAAAGGUUCUUAAGUUGUGAAAUCGGUACAAGUCGUACAAAGUCGGUUCGAACUGAAAACGAUAAAAUCGAACGAAAACUUAGCUAAAAAAUACAUAGAGUGCAAAUAUAUCUGACUAAAAACCGAUGAUACCAAAUAGCGAACGAGAACUAAAUAACACUAGAAAAUACAUUAAAUCAGCCUAUAAAGUUAUUAAAGUAAUACGACGAUAAAGCUGCUGAUAUCAAUCACUCAGCAUACUCAUGUUAAAAAGUAGUGCAUAAGAACCCUUAAAACCACUGUAGCUCAGUGAUGACAAGACUAAAUAGAUCCCUCGCAUAAACAGAAAAGGUUACAACAACGAUGUUGCAAAUUGAUAACCAAAACUAAGCUCUAUAAUUCCUAUGAUGAAAUCGAUACUGAAAAAACUAAAACAGAAAAGGAAAACUAUACUCACUUUGGUUUACACACACACCAGUGUUAUCUUGAAUCAAAAGCUAAGCUGAACUUGAUAGUUGAUGAGCACGAGUGUAGAUAGAAAUGAAGCCCCAAUGGCUGACAGAAGUUAACACCAUGAAGUCUACACUAGAACUAAACUAACUAAGAUGAAAACGCUAAAUUUGUAAUAAAGAAAACGUGCUUGAAAACGAUCUAGAAAUUAUUACGUAUUUCCCAGGCGGACAUAACAAAAAAGGGCUGGGAAAGUAGCCGUGGGCUUAUCAAUAAAAAUCAUCAUUUAUGUAGGCGAUAAUCGAUUUAUAAUAACUACCGUAAGCACGUUCAUGCACCAAUAAGGGAUAACGAAAAGAAAUCACGUUUCAAAACCAACAUUCCGGCUCCUUAAAGGCUGAACUAAAAAUGUCAUAGCUGAUAUUAAUCCUUGCUUGGUGGAGCUGCCGUCUCCAGUAGGACUAACUUGUCAACAGGUCUGUGAAGUACGGAAGUGUUUGUCUUCAACUUAACGGAUCGCACAAGACCAUCAUGGCGGUUGGGGUACACUUCCAGGAUCCGCGCAAGUGGCCAGGAAUUACGAGGUUUGCUUUCAUCAAGCACUAACACAACAUCAUCCACUGCAACAUUCCUCUGCUGCUUGUGCCAUUUCUGCUGUUCUUGAAGAGAGGGAAGAUAUUCGCGUACCCAGCGUCGCCAAAACACAUCUGCGAGGUACUGUACUUGACGCCAGCGGCGUUUGCUGUAACAGUCUUGCUUAGAGAAGGUACCAGGGGGAACGGAAGGUCCCGCUCGCAGCAGAAGCAGAUAGUUGGGUGUCAAAGGUUCCAAAUCACAGGGAUCGUCUGAAACUUUAGUGAUGGGCCGCCCGUUUACUAUGGCUUCGACUUCACACAUCAGAGUUGUCAGGCCCUCGUCGGCAAGUACUUGCUCUUUCGUUAAGGCCCUUAAGACCUUGCGCACUGUGCGGAUGCAUCGCUCCCACACUCCACCAUGAUGAGAACCAGCAGGUGGGUUAAACGUCCAGUUGAUGUUGCGCUGGAGAAGGUAGUCGUGAAUCUGAGACUGAUUCCAGCUAUUGACUGCAUCACGAAGUUCUUUUUCGCCCCGUACGAAGUUGCCUCCAUUGUCAGAACGGAUCUCUUCGGGUUGACCUCUCCUUGAAAUAAAUCUCCGUAAGGCGUUGAUAAAAGACUCUGUGUCCAGUGAGAUUGCUUCUUCAAUGUGUACUGCACGGAGAGCCAAACAGGUGAAUAUAACGCCGUAUCUCUUUACCUUAGAUCUUCCGCGACGAACUUCAAAAGGCCCAAAGCAGUCAACGCCCGUGUAGGUGAAAGGCGAUUUUCAGGGCGUCACUCGAUCUUCAGGUAGAUCUGCUGUCUUCUGCUGACCUGUGGGUGCUUGUUGCUUUCUGCAGGCGAAGCACUUUUCCAGACCUUUUCGUACAGUCGACCUUGCGUUGAUGAUCCAGUACUUCUGACGGAUAAGAGACAAUGUAUAUUCGACGCCCGAAUGACCAGAAACGUGGUGGUAGUAUUGGAUAAUAAGCUGGACCACGUGAUGACCUUUGGGUAGAAUAAUUGGGUGCUUGACGUCGGCGUUGAGCGGUGCUCGAUUUAGGCGACCUCCAACUCGUAGAAGGCCCUGAACGAGAACUGGAUCGAACUUGUAGAUACUGCUGGACUUACUCAGGUCGCUGUGAUUUCUUGUGCUUGACUGCUGAUCUGAACGUUUCAGUUGGUCGUACUCUUGCUUGAAGGAUUUAUUCUGAAUGUACUUGAGGAUCGUAGACUCGGCGUUUUUCAGCUCUGUAACACUGAUAGGACUGAUUGUGCUGCUUUUACUUCGCGACUUGCUCUUAGGUGGUUCUUUGUGCCUUUCGUUCUUCACCAGAUUGUAUAGGUUUGUCUUGUAGCGAAGAAUCCAGGCCACCAGUUUCUUGAGGUGAGACCACGAAGAGAACUUUUCUGUGAUCUCAGCGACGGGAUCGCGAGUAGAGGUUCUGGUCGAGUAAGUAGCUAUUUCUGCCUUGACCUCCGGAUCGUCGUCAGUUAUGAGAGCAAUCAUGUCAGCAGGUCGCUGUGGCCAUUCAUCAGUUGGCUGAAUCAGGAAUUCUGGGCCGUGAAUCCAACGAUGAAGAGAGUCUGCUGACACACCUCUUGACGCGUCGUCCGCUGGAUUUAACUGAGUGUUUACGUAUCGCCACUUGUCCGGAGAGGAUGCUUCGGGAAUGGUUGCUAUUCGAUUUGCCACAAAUGUUUGAAAUCGUUUGUCUUCAUUUUCAAUGUAACGCAGGACGUAAGUGCUGUCGGUCUAGAAGAACGAUUCAGAAAUAGGAAGACUGAGUUCCUUGCGUGACAUCGUGUCCAGCCUGGUCGCUACGACAGCUGCUGAAAGCUCCAUUCUGGGAACGGUUACUGAUUUCAUUGGUGCGAGUCUUGAUUUGCCCAUAACGAACGAGCACUUAGUAUUACCACUGCGGUCUGUAAUUCUGAGGUAAGUUACAGCGCCAUAACCCUGUUGUGACGCGUCGGAAAAGUGGUGCAGCUGGGUCGAACUGACCUCUCCGAAGUUGGGUGGUUUAAAGCAGCGGUCGAUGGCAACUUGUUCUAGUUUAGGAAGUUCUUGUAACCAGGCCUGCCAGCGACGCAUGAUGUCUUCAGGAAUAACGUCGUCCCAGUCUAAUUUCUUGCGGCAUAGGUCUUGCAAAAUAAGCUUGGCGUUGAGUAUGAACGGCGCGACAAAUCCGAGGGGGUCAUAAACUGAGCUCACGAUAGAUAAAAUCCCUCUUGUUGUCGCCGGUCUGUCCUUGAUGACAAUUCUAAAUCCGAAUUGAUCGGACGAUAUAUUCCAUUGAACACCAAGCGCUCUUUCAACUGGCAAUUUCUCGAAGUCUAGAUCUUUAACUUGCGCAGCUCUUUCCGAAGCUGGCAGGGACUCGAUGACUUUACGUGAAUUGGAGAGCCACUUAGUAAGUUUGAAUCCUCCUCGAGCGAGAAGUUCACACAAUUGACUUGAAAGGUUGACGGCCAGUUCUUCGGAGCUGACUGACUUGAGACAGUCAUCGACGUCGAAGUUGCGCCCUACAGUCUCGAUGGUUUCAAGAUCAAGUUCGGUCUUGUUGUCUUGUGCUGUCUUCUUCACAGCGAAGUUUGCGCAACUUGGAGAAGACGCGCCUCCAAAUAGAUGAACUCUCGUCUGGUACUCCUGUGGCUCAUUGUCGAGGUUACCGUCUGGCCACCAUAGAAACCGAAGCGCAUCGCAGUCGCUUGGUCGGACGCGUACCUGAUGAAACAUUGCCUCCACGUCAGCCAUUAGUGCGAUUUGUUCUUCUCUGAGUCGAGAGAGGACGCCGACAAGAGAGUUAGUCAGGUCCGGCCCCUGUAACAGCUGGUCGUUCAGCGAGGUGCCAAGAUGCUUCGCAGAGCAGUCGAAAACCACUCUGACUUUAUCUGGCUUUUUCGGGUGAAACACUGGAUGAUGAGGGAGGUACCAGUGAGUGCCUAGUGGUCCUAUGUCUUGGCAGUUGACUUUUCUGGCAUAAUCCUUUUUUAAUAGAUCGUCCAUAAAAUCUCUAUAUUUCUCGUGAACUAGCGGUUCUCUUUUAAGUCGUUUCUUCAGAAGACUUAGACGGCGCUCGGCAACUGAUCUGUUAUUUACUAAGUUUGGAGGGUACAUUUUCCAUGGGAGAGCAAUUUCAUAGUGGCCGUUCUUCAGCUGAAGAGUUUCUUCCAUUAUGUCCAACGCUCUUCGGUCGUUCAGCGACAUAGAUGCCUUGGAAUUUAGGUUGGAGUCGUUAAAUUCUUGGUUGCGGUAAUCGCGAAACUGCUCCUCUAAAGACUUGCUGGCUUGAAUGCUGAAGUUGACCGUCAGUGACUUGGGCGUGUCUCUUCCCAGGGGACCGUUAAGGACCCAGCCAAGGACUGUUUUAGUUGCGAAUGGUCCUCCGUUUUCGCUCUUUCUAAUUUCUUGUGGCUGUAAUAGUUGAGGCACGUCGCUACCGAUGAGAAGGCCAAUCUCAGCUUCAAUUUGCGGUAUGGUCACUCCCUUGAGAUGAGGCCAACGAUUAACAUCUUCUUGCGUUGCUAUGGUUUCACGGGAAACAGGAAGACUAGGCCUGGAGUAAACCAUUGGAAUUUCGAAGGAAUUUUCUUGGUGAAGAUCUGACAUCAGGAGACUGAUCAUUGAGCUUUUGAUCGGUUCGUUUUCUCCUUGAAGUGUUGUAAGAGAAAGGUUUGUUUUCUUUCCCUUGAUAUUUAGCUUUUGAAGCAAAGUUUCAGUGCAACAGGAGGUAUUGGAACCAGAGUCCAAGAAGGCGUAAGUCUGAAUUGCAUCCUUACCAUCCUUUGCCUUUACGCAAACAGGGAGUAUUGCGAGUCCUGUGACGGUCGUACUUGCGGAAAAGCUUAACUUGGCAUAGCCGUUGCUUGCUGCUGGAUUAGCGUUACUGUUAGGCUUCGGCUCAGAGUUUGAAGCUCGAUUCGAGCUGGCACUGUUUUCGCCAGAGUUUUUAGAACUGUUCUUGUUGCUGUUUUGGUGGAGGAAGGUUGAAUGCUUGGAUGUACAACCUCUGACCCUACAGAAGCUUUCUUUCUGGCAUGAACGAACGAAGUGACCGGGGAAGAGACAAUUAGAACAAAGCUGCCUUUCUCGGACUAGCUUUUGCCUUUCUUCUAAGGACUGCUUACGAAACUUAUCGCACCGCGGUAACCAAUGAUCGGCGCUACACAAAGGACACUCUGGUUUCUUGUUUUCUGACUGGCUAUCUUCUUGCUUCCCGAGAGAUGGGAACGUGUCAGCCUUAGGACCUCUCGUCCUUUGUUUGCUAGGGAGCUGCUUUGUCUUGCCUUCGCUAGAGACGUUUCCAAAGAUCGGGUGAGAUGCUGCUCUUGCCUUGGCAGUUACAAACUUCAUUAUAUCGGCCACGGUGACAUCUCUCGCUUCCCUCUCUACGAUCUGGUCGACCGUAUCUCGCCACUUAACUCUCAUAGAAUAAGGAAGCCUGUCUAUAAUCUUCUUCAGGUUGUCUGGGUUAUCGAGCUUAUUUAGGUAGCUGAUUUCCUUCAACGUAUUAACGCAGCUAGUUAGUUGAAUAGAAAACUGUUGUAAAGCUGGUCCAUCGUCAGUUCUGAUUGUUGGGCCAUCUACUAGCCUUUUUACGUGUGCGGCGGCAAUCUUAUAAUUCUGCCCAUAGCGUUCUUGAAGCAGUCUCCUUGCUUCUGUAUAUCCUUCUUCUUCGCGUAUGGAGAGACAGCUUUUCAUUAAUUCUUGUACGGCUCCAGAAGUAUACUGUACAAGAUAGUAGAGACGUGCACUUGAACGCAAGGUUUUUCUUUCUACGAUGUGUUCAAAGGCGCGCACAAAGUCACAAUAGUCGAUAGGGUCGCCGCUGAACACUUGCAGACUCGGCUGCGGUAAGGUGAGCGCUAACACACCUUGCUGUUGCUGCUGAAUAAGCUGCUGGAUGGCUUGAUUUUGACGCUCGUUGUUUCCUAUCAGACGCUGGAAUGACUCAUCUUGGAGGCUAUUUGCACGAUUAUAAUCUGGAGAAACGUGUUGCUGAACUGGACUGGUUGUGGGAUACCAUUCGUGAGCGCGAGGAUUCAGAGAACGCUUCAGUGAUAUUGACUCAUCGUUAUGCUUAUUGAGAUGUUCACGCGAAGGAGUAGCUGCUGGAAAGGUCUGUUUAGGAGUUGGGUUGCCUGUGGUACCUUCCCACUCGCGGAGUAGAGGCGGUCUUGGCUUGUGGAGUUAGCUGGGGUGAAUGGUCAUUUGGAUCCCUUACGUUUGAGCGGGAACUGAUCUCUCGACGCUCGAUUGCUUCAUUUUCUUCAUAAGCUUUCCUUUCGGCCUCAGCCUCGGCUAUCUCAGCUUCAAGCUCUAUCUGUGCCUUUCUUUGCUGGAGUCUCAUUUCUUCGAUUUGAAGCUCGUGCAGGUUUUGAAGGGCAGCUGCCCGAGCCUCAAGUGCUGCCUUUCUCGCGGCCGCCUUAACCUUUGAGCUGGCUGAACUACUGGCGACGGAACGCGUAUGAAAGGAUACUCGUGACCCAACGGUGCUAACGGAAUCGCGUGGUCGAACGUUUAUUGGCGUUACUGAAGUUUGAAGUGCUGGCUUGUUAAGCCAUGAAGUGAUUUCCUGUUCCAGUUCUGAUACAAUUUCGAGCACUGAAUUGUAAUAUCGUGAGGACUCCUCCUGUUCUGAUUCAGUUUUUAGGAGACUGUGAUAAGCUUCGUGCGCAACCUGAAAUUCCUGAAGGACUUGCUGCAAUUCCUCGCGAACUUCGUUAAGUGCCUCGAUGUUUUCGCAUUCUGCCAUUAACUCGUUCAGUUUGUUUACCUUUUGAGAUACAUGCGCCUCGGCGGAACUACGAACCAAUUUUAAUGAGGCUAUCUUUUUGUCGAGGGUCGAGGGUUCCAUGUCGAGGGCGAGGGUACCAUGUCGAGGGUCGAGGGUAACAUUUUUUUUUUCCAAUUUUUUUUGGGGGAAAGGUAAUAAUCGAUGCAAUCAAUGUCAUUAAAACAAAUAAGAAGAAUUAAAAAAACAAAUGGCGCGUCAACAUCCUCUAGUUGUUGGGUUGGGGGGUGGAAUAGAGAAAAGCUCCGGGACAUCCAUAAAGAAAAUGUGAUGUUGUUGUUGUUUAAUUAAAAUAGUACGUGGACAUUCGAAUUCUCUAAAAAGAAUCAAUUUAGCGGGACAAGCAGACGACUGACGGGUCUAAAAACGUAACGCGGAUAUGACGUGCGUGACGUGACAGAUUCUUGGAAUUCCUUCACGGUUGGAAGAUUCGUGAAAGGAGGAUGUGCAUCAAAUUCGAACAAAAUGUAAUUUACAAGGACAGAAUACCAGAACCAAAAAUCCAAGUAAACCACUUAACACGGUGCGCGACAUAAAACGAACUCGACGAGGAGUGAAGGAAGUAACAUGAACAGAUAUAUUGAACCAGAGAUCAAUGUUCCUAGCACAGAGGUCACAACUUGGUACAGAAGAAUCGACGGGGUCGAUUGACAAGACAAAAGGUCCUUAAGUUGUGAAAUCGGUACAAGUCGUACAAAGUCGGUUUGAACUGAAAACGAUAAAAUCGAACGAAAACUUAGCUAAAAAAUACAUAGAGUGCAAAUAUAUCUGACUAAAAACCGAUGAUACCAAAUAGCGAACGAGAACUAAAUAACACUAGAAAAUACAUUAAAUCAGCCUAUAAAGUUAUUAAAGUAAUACGACGAUAAAACUGCUGGUAUCAAUCACUCAGCAUACUCAUGUUGAAGAGUAGCGCAUAAGACCCUUAAAACCACUGUAGCUCAGUGAUGACAAGACUAAAUAGAUUCCUCACAUAAACAGAAAAGAUUACAACAACGAUGUUGCAAAUUGAUAACCAAAACUAAGCUCUAUAAUUCCUAUGAUGAAAUCGAUACUGAAAAAACUAAAACAGAAAAGGAAAACUAUACUCACUUUGGUUUACACACACACCAGUGUUAUCUUGAAUCAAAAGCUAAGCUGAACUUGAUAGUUGAUGAGCACGAGUGUAGAUAGAAAUGAAGCCCCAAUGGCUGACAGAAGUUAACACCAUGAAGUCUACACUAGAACUGAACUAACUAAGAUGAAAACGCUAAAUUUGUAAUAAAGAAAACGUGCUUGAAAACGAUCUAGAAAUUAUUACGUAUUUCCCAGGCGGACAUAACAAAAAAGGGCUGGGGAAGUAGCCGUGGGCUUAUCAAUAAAAAUCAUCAUUUAUGUAGGCGAUAAUCGAUUUAUAAUAACUACCGUAAGCACGUUCAUGCACCAAUAAGGGAUAAUGAAAAGAAAUCACGUUUCAAAACCAACACCCAUGUUGCUUUUUGUGUAUAUUCUUAUGAGGGAAGAGUCUCUUUGUUAUACAAAAAGACUAAGCAACAAAUAUUACAAAAAUAUAUCAAAUUUAGAAAGAGAAAAGCCAAGAAGGGCCUCAAGAAGUUUGUCAUAUUUCGCAAAAAUCGCAAAGGUAGCAAUAUUUUUUUUUGGUUAUUUAAAAUAUCGCAAGAAUAGCAAGAAUAACAAAUUAAAUAAAAUUCUAGACUUGAAAAGAAAAAAGACAAAGCUACAGCCUCAAGAAGUCCGCAAAUUUUGCAAAAAAUCGCAAAAACAACAAGAAUAUUUUUUUGUUAUCCUUUAAAAGUCUGAACUUUUGCGCAAAUUGCUAUAUUGCGUAAUUUGUUAGCGUGUUUUGUUUUUGUUGUUGCUGCUGAAUAAAAGUUCUUCUGACUUUUUGCGAUUUUUGCGAUAUUUGCAGGCUUCUAGAGGACCUUCCCUAAUUUUUUCUUCGUAAGUCUUAAUUUUUGCUAAAUUUGUUAUUCGUUUUUAUUCUAGCAAUACUUCAUAGCGUUUAUUUUUGUUGAUGAUGUUUCGCCCUGUUCUUCACAGGCCUUUUUUUCCCGUAGAAAAUGACAUGGGAACGGUGCCCUGGAUAAGAUCCCUCGCUGGAAAUGAGAACUCUUGAUUCGUUUUGUGCUGAGAAAGAGUUUUGCGUUUGAAGCGAAUAUACAUGUCAUAAAUAGGAUAUUAUUUAUUUUGCAGCACAUUAAGACUGGCGAAUUCCGCAUUUGUCUCAAGGAGUUGUACGCUAACCAGCAUGAUCCUGUGAACGUGACCUACGCAGUACUAGCAGGUGGGUUAGACGGCGGAAAAAAAAUCUUCCUUUGCAAUUACAAUGACCACGGACACUUGAAUUAAUUCAAUUAUAUAAGUUUCAAUUAUUAUCAUUAGUAAUAUUAUUAUUAUUAUUAUUACUAUUAUUAUAAAUUUUUAUAAUUUAUUGAUUGAUUACAGUCAAACCCCGUUAAUACCGACACCAAGGGGGCCAUAGAAAGUGUUCGUAUUAACGGGGUGUCCGUAUUAAGCGGGUUGAAUUUAGAGAAAAUAUGAGGGCUGACAUUCCCCAGGGACAAGGAAAACUGUCCGUAAUAACUAGUUGUCCGUAAAGCGGGGUCUGGCUGUACCAGAUAAAAACUCAUACCUGAUGUUACAAGAGGGUCUGAAUAGGGGGGUCCACUUGCCGGUUGUCGGUUGUCGGAAAAUCUCAGUUGAUAAGUAAAAACGCUUGUUAAUUAUUAAUAUGGUUAUGUAUUUCACCCAGUUUCAAGACUUUGAUCCCUAAGGAAAGAGUAAAACUUGUAAGAAUGCAUCAUUUGAUUGAACUUCAUUAACUCUUGUUUGUUUAUGCAAAAUGAUCGUUUAUUUCACCAUUGUUUGCCAAAUGAAUAUCAUGAGUACUGAUAAAAUCACCAAACCUUUUAUUGUAAAUGCGAACUUGGUUUCCCUGUCGAUUACAGGGCACAGUAAAAAGCAAUUAAUUAAUUAAUGGACUCCAGCCUUUUGGAUACUGGCUUAAAAAAUUCUUAGUGAAAAACUGCAAGGGGUGACAGGCUGCACGUCUAUACCUUUAAUGUUUUGGCUCUAACAAGCAUGUCCUUGGCCAUAAUUUUCCUUUCUCAAAGAAAUAACACUUUAACCCUCGGACGUACAAGGGGUAGGGGGUGGAUACCCCCCCUUUAGGUUUUUCUGGGAUUUUUCCAAGAGGAUAAAACAUCAGCACCUGUCGUUUUCAGUAGAUGUUUGUUUAUCCCUCGCACGCAUUUUGAGACAAGUUCAGUGAUGAUCAGUUUCUAUGGUUACGAGGUAUGACGUAAUAAGUAGCAGGUGGUCAAGCCAUUUUGAGUGAGAAUGUCUCUUUUUCAACUUUUUUCAACAAUAAAAGAAAAAUCUUGCAGCCAAAAUCAUGCAAAGUGCUUAUUUAUGUGUUAUUAUUCAUGUCAAGCAAUUACCAUUUCUCGUUGUUUUAACCUGAUUUCUAAUUCUUGGUAAAAUCAAGAUGGCGGCAAAGAUGGCGACCAUUGUUGGUGACGUAACAGGCCUCCAGCAGUGCCACCAUUCAUAAAAUAUACCUCAUCUUGUUAAGAAGAUCAAAGGCUUUUCAGUAAAGGCAAAAUCAAAAACUCUGGGGAGGGGCUCCAUCUACCCUCCUCUUGUACCAUGGUGGGGGGUAUGAUUUUGUGUGUACGUCCGAGGGUUAAUUUGGCAAGGUAGUGUUUGGUUUUGUAUGAGAUUACACUUUUUCAUUAAAGCUUCUUUCAUAAUAGUCAAUGAAGGGCUUGUAUUGUGUCACGAAAGACAAUACUUCUUUUUCUUCCUUGUUGUUUUGUUUCAGGAGCGCUGCUUUCCUUCUGUGAGUUUUACUUCUAAUAGCAAUUUUUAUUUCAAAAUUGUGUGGCCAGCCUCUGUCCAUCAACCGGUUUUUGAAAUCUGAAAUACUUCCUCCGAGGAGUUUGUUCGUAGGAUUCUCAAGGCUUCCUGUUUGUCAAAUCCAUUUUAACAAUUGGUGGGUGGUAAGAGGUGAAAAUGUAUAUACUGGAAGGUUUCCGUUUAAAAUGCGUCUUUACGUCAAUGAUAGCUUUUCCUCAUUUUUCGUUGAAUGUUGUGCCUUGGUAUACAACCGGGUCUAAAACGAUUGUCUCAGUGUCGGAUAUUUCGGCCGUUAAUUUUAUUGCCAGUAGAGCGGUAGGGUGAAGUAAGUUUACUUGAUCCGUGAAUUUGAAGAAAUCUACCAUGUCUGGUUUACCUAUGUCCCAUAGGGAAAAAGUAUCAUCUAUAUAGCUUUUUCAAACAGUUGGUUUUAAGACCGUUUUGCUUAACUUUGUGUUUCAAUGUAUGCGGCCAUGAAAAUGUUGGAAAGAAAACUGCUGUAUGUGCUCAUCGCGGUACCGUGGUUUUUUACUAUAUAUUGUGCUUUUCAUUAAGCUGGAAAUAAUUUUCUUUGAGGAUUAUUCUAAGCAUUUUUCGGACCGAGACAAGAAACGCUCAGUUUUUUCACCUUUGUCUUUUCAAUUCAAAGUAGACAGACUGCAAAUUAUCUUAGCUGCUAAAAAAUAUAUAUCUACGCGUCGCAACUGCUCAUCAGCAGGAUGCCUAAAAUGCGUGCAAUUCCACAAUUGGUUUCCAUUAAAUCCUAUACCAAUUGCAGAACAUUUUAGGAGAAGCCACCCACCAUGUGAGCACUGUUAAAAUUUAUAAAGUCGGUAGCAUCUUUAAGGUGUGGUUUCUGUGAUUAUGACAUUAGUUGUAGUAAUGUACCCGUAUCAACAAAAGAGGAAGUUCUUUCUGUUAGACCAUCUAAUGAGUCAUAAAUUUAAAGAGGUUACUUCCUAACGGCUAGGAAAAAAAAUGCAAAAUGCCCUUUUUUUCUGUAAACAAAUAUUGAUAAUGUCAGCCUAAGUCGGUAGUCGGUUAAUAUUUUUCCUGUCGGUAGUCGGUAAUUUUUUACUCGUUUUGUCGGUAGUCAGUAAUAUUUUUCGCCCUUUGUCGCUAGUCGGUUAACCCCAUUCACACCCUCUUACAAAUUCGAUAAGAGGAAAGCUAUAUGAAAUGGAGAAAAAACUAGUAAAUGAAGGAGAAUAAGACAGAAAAUAUAAAUAAUCUACAAACGGAGUUACAUUUAAAAUAAACUGAGUCUUCUUAUAAAUGUAUUCUUUAAAGCCUCCGAACGUUUCUUGGACUAAUUGUUAAUUAACAUAAAAUUAACAAAGGAGAAGAAUAAAUUGAGCAAAAAAAUACCAAUCUUAAAUGUGAAAAAUAUCAAAAGUUAGAAAAAAAAAAUCUCGCUAGUUCCAAUUUCAAAGUCGUUACUAGUCUGUAAUAUUCAGCGCGUACAACAUGAGCCUCUCAGGCACAACAGUGCAAGCCUCAGGAAGGCGAAUCCAUGACAUUGUAUUACUAUAAUCCUCUCCUUUCUUGGCUGAUAAGAGUUUAGCCAGUCUACUGUGAUACCUCUUGCAUUCACCUGCCAUUCUUCUGGGCCCAGUCGUUCGAAAGCCCAUUAGCGCUUAACCCGGGGUUUUUCUCUGAUAAUUUUCUAUGCUUUUUUUAGAGCUUCCAAUCAUCAACUUGUAGACAAAAAGGAUUAAAACUGAAAUGCUUUUUAAGCUUUCAAAUCUGAAUUCAAAUCUCGCACUAAACCUGGGUUAUCUUAACCCAGCUUUGAACAACUCGGCCCUGGUGGUAGUAAAUACCAGUGGAGUGAAGGAGCCUUGUUCGACUUCUAGCACCCUGCUGGCGCACAUUCUUUUCCUCUCACUCUUAUGCUGGGGGUAGAUUUGUUUUGUGAUGAGGCCUUUAUAAGACACUGCAUUCGGGUAACAAACCCUAACGUCGAAAAAGGCAGAGUCUUGCCGCUCCAAAAAACCACGAGCGUGAAUGUCGAGCCGGGAAUCCGCUGCUCUCUUCGUACCAGGUGUCAGCACUUCUCCGUUUAUCUCCUGACGUACAGGCUCAAUUUGGACGUCAUUGCAUCAUCUUCUAACAUUUCGGCUUCCAAAUCACGUAACUCGUUAUGUCUUUGAAUGAUGAAGCCUCUUCGUCUGCACACUAUGGUGUGGUCUACAUCGAAAACAUCUCCACACGCACAAGUAGACGGGGUGUCGCUUAGUUGCCAUCAUAUCUCAAAUGAAUGGCAUCUUUGAAUUCUCUCUUAUUUAGAGUAAAGUCCACAGGGACAAAAAACACCGUGAACCGCAGUCCGAACAUUGAUCAGAACCUAUUUUAUAGCAACAGUGUAUACUUUUUCUUCACUUUUUUAGGUUUUCAAUCCUGACCAGUUUAAAUACAGUGUCCAACCCUGUAUAUUAAUGAAGCUUUUUUCUUUUUAAAAUUCUUUUUUUUUUCAAAAUGUCAAUAUACGGCCUUGGAAGUGAAGUGUGCGUAGUACUUGCAUUGCAUUCCUUCCCCAAAGCCAACUGUCUUACCAGUCACCACCUUGAAAAACCGUUUUUCCUUAUUUUCAGUUAUUUUCCCCGAACUUUCGACAACGCGAACUUCCGAUAACUCAAACUUUUUUUCGCGGACUUCCCUUCGAGUUAUCGGGAAUCGACCAUAUACAGUUAUUUCGAGAAAGGUUGUCGGAAAGAAUGUGCACGUAACAAUCCCGAAAGGUAAUCUGGGAUAUGAUCAAUAUGUUGUUCCUAACGACUGUAGCUGUCGAACCUACUUUUGUUGCUUUCCUUUAGCACUCGCAAACAUAACAUCGCAAACAUCCCGUGCCAUUCUUUCAAAUUUCUUUGAAGAACAGUGUCGCUCAAAACUGCUCAAAAUACCUUUUGGGAUUGUCGCGUGCUCUUUUUCCGACAACCUUUCUCGAAAUAGCUGUAUAUUAAAAUAUGGAUUUAACCUCGUUAACCUUUCAUUGCUUUGUUCCUGCAGAUGUAUGUAAACCUGGUUGGUCAUAUUUUGGUGGCAUUUGCUACUCAACCAGUCAAACAUGUAAGAACUGGACUGAAGCCCAGAGUACUUGCCAAUCAUACAGCGCUAAUCUCAUCAGUGUACGAAACCAAGAAGAGAACGUCUAUAUUCAACAUAGGAUGAAUGGCGCCAAGGGCUGGAUUGGGCUAAACGAUAGGGGUACGGAGGGAACUUUUGUCUGGGCAGAUAAUCAAACAAACAAUUUCACUUACUGGGCUAAGAACCAGCCCAACAACUUCAACAAUGAAGACUGCGUUCACACCUUGGGAGUAGGACAUAGUUUUAUGUGGAACGACGUGAGCUGUGAGACCUGCCAUAACUACACUUGUUCAGAAGGUACUGUGGAGCCUAUUAUUAUUAUUAUUAUUAUUAUUAUUAUUAUUAUUGUUAUCGUUAUCAUUAUCAUUAUCAUUAUCAUCAUCAUUAUCAUCAUCAUUAUCAUUAUCAUUAUUAUUAUUAUUAUUAUUAUUAUUAUUAUUAUUAAACUCUGAUUGGCCAUAAAGGAGUGCAUCUGUACUGCAACACAAGUGCAUAUUUGUACAGAAACUGUAGCGCGAGUGAAAUUACAAAUUCUUAAGUUCUUUUGAAAAUGGCCAAGAAAAAAGAACAGAAAAAAAGAAACCGACGAGAGCAAAUUUUUUUCUGUAGCAACACAUUCGCCAAAAAUGUGUGAUAGGGUGCGAAAACAAAACACAAAAAAACAAAACAAGGAACGAACUACUACCACUAUUUGAAAGCACUGGGGUGAAUCUUGAUGUCGCUCAGAUUCAAAAGACUGUCCUAUUAGGGACAGCACGAAUCCUCCGACGGGUUCUCGACUACUAGUGUUGGAAGACGUGACCUGUACCGAGAACUAGCAACCAGUUGAACACUGAAAGUGUAUACAUAACAACAAUAACAAUAACAAUAAUAAUAAUAAUAAUAAUAAUAAUAAUAAUAAUAAAUAAAUAAAUAAAUAAAUUUUAAAUAAGUAAAUAAAUUUAGUAUAGGUACAGACCAUGAAAUUGAGGCUAGGAGACCGGAUCUAUUGAUCAUUGACAAAAAAGAGAACAACUGCCAAAUUAUAGACGUGGCAAUUCCAGAUAAUGGAAGGGUGAGAGAAAAAGAGGACGAUUGAACUGAUUCAGAGAUGUGCCCUUUUGGAGUCAGCGAGGAUCCUUUUUAUUGACUUUUUUUUCCGUUUUACACUUGGUUUCUAACUGCUUUUUGUUUGUUUUUUCUUUGUUUGUUUGUUAUUUCUUUUUUCAAACAAGAUUUUGAUGAAUGCGCAGGAGACAACAACCACUGUCACCAAAAUGCUGUCUGUACAAAUUCUCUUGGCUCCUAUAGAUGUCGUUGCUCGACGGGAUAUACGGGUGAUGGCUUGGCGUGCACAGGUAACUACUCUGAAAGCUCGAUCUGAUAUAUUGCCCAUUUGAAAUAGAAACAAGCAUAACUAAGAGAGGUCUUGCAAUCUGGCCCGAGUUGUUCAAAAGGUGGAUAGUGGUAUCCAGUGUAUAUAUCUUUUUUCUAUUCAGUGGAUAAGACAACUGGUCUCCCUAAUGCUUUUCAAGUGGGUACUGGGAUAUAUCAAGUGGAUAGCGCUAUCAAUCUUAAGAACAACUGUGGGUAUUAGAGUUGAACUGCGACUUACAAAACAAGUGUGACCGACAUUGCACUCGUCCGAAGCUUACCAAACAACUCUGGAACCUGCGUACUUUGCAUCAUUUGAAUAAAGUCCAAUCCGGCCAGGGGAAUGGCCAAAGAUCAUCGCGAAAAGUUGUCAAUUUUAUCAGUGAACAAAUUUUUACACGAAUAGAAAAGUAAACAGCUUUCCUUUAGCAGAAGUAAAAAUCUGAGAACGUUCUUCGAAAUAAAUCAAAAAGUCCAUCAGUUAAAGCCCGCGAAGCCAAAGAAUCUCGUCGCUGUUCAUUCUCGAUUCUUGCAAGCCGAUUUGCAUCGACAAUCGCUGAUGAUAAUAGCGAUAAUUAAGUGCAUGAAGAACAAUGUAGUCAGUGCAAAAAGCAGCCCGGAGGAUAAUUUGAAAAUUGUGGCAGUGGCCUUUCAGGAUUAACUUUAAACAUGAAGUGUUGUGAACAACCUGGCCUUGCCAAACAAUCUUGCAGACAUUACCCGUUUUCUUUUACUCAGAUUAAGUGGACGUCAAUAUGUCAGCAGUUUACUAGUCUCUAAAUUCCUGUUGGGCUGUUUCGUAAAAUACCGAAUAAUUUUUGUUUUGUUUUUCUUUCGCUUUCUUUAGUUUCGCGGCAGCGUGCAAAGUCGAGGGAAAAUCCAUGUCUUCAGGCAUCAGUUGUUCAAGAGACGGAUAACACUAUCCACUGAAUAAAGUUCUAUCCAGCGUAUAGGCGAAUCUUUCUGACGUCAUUGUUAACCUUUUUCCUCAUUAGCAUACGACUUAACUUAUAGAAGCCGUGGUUGUAUAUAUGAACUAAAUGCCAAAAUUGAAAGAGCUGAUUAAGUUGAGCAAUUUGUGCAAUUUUCAGCCCGUUUAAGGAAAUAUCAGCCAUCAAAAACUGCGAAAUUACUGUGUGGCAAAAAAGUUAAAUGAGCCAUACAUUCUCUGUAAAAUUUCGAGUUUAGAAGAGAAUUUCUCCGAAACCAUUCGGUGUAUUGGGCUCAAAUUUUCAGAGAGAACUAAAACUGUUAUGUCCUUUCAAUAUUCAGAGUUUUUAUUUUAUCAGCGUCAUCAGAUAGUGAUUAGCAUAUGUUAAUGAGGCAAAAGGUGUAAACAAAGAUUCGCCUAUAGCGCAAUUGGUUUCCCUAAUACUUAUCCGUUGGAUAGUGAUUUAUCCGAUGGAUAGUGCUAUCCCACUGGGGCCCGGUGCCUUCUUUGAGAAGUUUAUAAAACAUCGACAACGCAAAUUAUGCUACCGAUCAUGAAUACUACUUCACUGAUUCAUUUACGCAUUAAAAAAUCUAUGUGAAUUAUUUUUUAGCUCGGUUCGUACUCGCUCUAGUCGGUUUAAAGUGGGUCAAUGAUUGCUUGUGUGAGGCAAAAAAUUAGCUGAAAGAAUUUUUUUUUUUCUUGGUUCAUACAAAAGUUAUGCGAUUCGAGGAAAAUUCACCAUCUCACUCAAGAAUUCCUGGUUAAAUUUGAAAAACCGAUAUCGCACUCAUCGCGGUAUUAGAUUUCGCGUGAAAUUUCACGUAGAACCCUAGUCACGAAGUGAAUUUUCCUAUGAAAAAUAUUAAUCUCAAGGAAAAAGAGGAUAAAGGGGGCAGAGAAGGCAUCCCCCAUACACACCCUAUUACAUAGGUAAUUCGUCUCGAGUUAUUUUUAAGACCACAGAUCCCAAGGGGGAUUAGGCGACAGCCAAUCACAUAGCGCGAAUGUGUUCCGCGUGGAUGACCCACACUCAGAGCCACGCGUCCUUCACGAAUUGACGCAGAACAAAAUGGCGGAAGACGCGGAGAGCGAUAUUGCUUUUCGUUUUGUCGACGAAAACGACUACAGAGAGAUUUCUGCUAAAGCUGUGUCAGCGAAACGGAAAUUAAGAAAAAACAAGACGCACGAGUGCGUGAACCCGGCCUUCUUUUAGUUCAUAAAAUGAUAGUGCGCCGGGGGAAAAUG